AUGGGCAAUCCAUCCAUGAGAUGGAACCUGGUACCCAGCCAGGCGCUACCGGCGAAGGAGGGCCUCCACUGCCAUGGACGGGCAAGUCAGCUGCCUGGUGGAGGCUCCAACUCCAAGCCCUGUAAAAAGGAGACCGAGCGUUGCCCGCCGACAUAG